UUCUCCCAAGUAUUUAGAUUCAGUCGCCGUAUCGAACAGCAUGUGCUAAGGUUCGAAUGAGAGCGCUUUUGCGAUGGGCUAGAAGGACGUUUGGUUGGAGAAUGUAAUGGAAGUGAAGGAGUGUGCCUUAGUAACACCAGCACGGCAAAAUAGUGGAUCGGUAGUAAGGCAACUGGCAAGGGCACUCAACGACAAUGAUACAGACCCAUCAGACGGAGAGCAAGUGUUGGUUUCACCAGGCUCAAGUAGAAAGCUAAACAGGAAAAGAAAACGUGCAAAUCUUACAGAUGUGAGCUGUAGUAGCCUAAGUAGUGGAACAUGUAGUCCUCAGAAUAUCCCUUGGUGCCUGGGCUUCAUAGGCCGAACAGGAUUUGAAAGUAAUGAAGAGAAAUCUGACUGCUCCAAUCACAGCAAGCCAUUUUGUGGUGUCAAAGGGUAUGAUACUGCAACAACUGCAGUCAUAACAGACUCAGAGGAUGAUUUCUUCUUCCCAAAUGAAGCCGAAGAGUUUCAUAGAUUUGAAGUUGAGUAUGAGCCACCAGAAAGUAACAGUGAAGAUGAAAAAGAUGACGACGACGAUGAUGAGGAUGAGCCCCAAAUAAUCAUCUCGUCUGAUGAUGAAGACCCUGGUGCCGAUGGUGGUGAUGAAUAUGAUGAAGAUGACAUUGACACCGAGAGUGAGGUGGAGGAUUCCUGGGAGUGUGACAAGUGUAAGACGAUGAACCAUCCAAUGACAAGGCGCUGUGUUGUUUGCUGGGAAAACAGAGAAGAUGAAGUUUGCUCAACACUUGUAAGGACAACCUCCGUGCCAGCUUAUCGCCUUCCAGAAGCUUUUACAUUUCCUGCUCCAGCCACUCCUACCUUGCAUCGCAGCACAACCAUUGGACAGCCAGUACAUAUUUACAAUUCAUCUACCGCUAACAAAGACAGCGUCACAACCCCCUCUGCAUCUAGGUCACUUUUAUUGACAGGCAGUCAAGCAGGCGAAGCGUCAUCACGCUCGUCAAGCAGUUGCUCAAACACUCAACACUCCUGUGAUAGCGGUAUAUGUAUCUCGUCAUGUGAAACAGACAAUGAAUCUACAUUGCAAAAUCCUACCCGUAAUAAAUCUGCAUUGCAAAAUCUACAAGAUAAUAAAUCUGCAUUGCAAAAUCUAACAGACAAUGAACCUGCUUUGCAAAAUCCACUAGGCAAUGAGUCUGCUCUACAAAACUUACUAGGCACUGAGUCUGCUCUACAAAACCCACUAGGCAGUGAGCCACCGAUGGAAAAUCCAUCAGCCAACCAGUCUGCUUUACAAAAUUCAACAGGAAAUAUGCCGGAUAAGCCCAAACUUCAGAAACCACUUCCUGCAGUGGCAACAUGUGCCCCAGAAACUGUUAAAAAUAGUGAAGAAAUGUGUGUUAUUUGUCAAUCAAGACCUCGGGAUGCGAGUAUCAUUCAUGGACGGUCUGGUCACCAAGUUUGCUGUAUGCACUGUGCAGAAAAACUCAAGGCAUACAAGAAAAAGUGCCCAGUAUGCCGCAGGAAGAUACACUUUGUGGUAAAGAAUUUUCUGUAGAUCCUCUCUAGUUUUAUAGUUUUUUUUUUAUUGCUAAUCUUUUUAUUAAAAGAAAACAGUACAAAUGUUUACAUUAAAUCCUUGGUUGCAGUAUUGCUCGUGACAAAGGAAUUAAAUUCAGGAAAAUUAAUAUAAAAAAUAAUAUAUUAAGAUGUUUUUUUGUUUAGGUACCUUUUUAUAGAAUUAUAUUUUUGGGAGUUUUGUACACUUCUUCAUUUCAAGAUAUCUUCCCAAAUAGUGAGCUAAAGCUGUCUGUGUAUGUGUGUGUAUGAAUGUCUGUCUGUGUGACUGCCUGUUUGUUGUUAUGUCUACUUGUUUGUUUCUAUGUAAAUAGCUCUCUAAUAACAACAGUAUGGUUAUAAUGACAAAUAUUAGACCUUUAUAAGGUUUCAAGUAAACCCUGCAUUUAAUAUGAGGGUGUGUGUAUGCGCUAGAGGGGUGCAUAUACAUUAAACAUUGCAUGUAACAGCUUUUUUAUGCAGUGAUAUGAGAAAGAUUAGGGGUGACAGAUCAUAUCUAAAGCCCCUCAAGAGCCAGUGCUAGCCACACCUUAGUUAUUGUUUUCAAA